CACACCGAAGAAAAAGCCAUCCAAGCUCUACAACUACACAAACUGAUUUCAUCCAGAUAGAGAGAAAAAAAAACGAAAUUUCAAAAAAAAAAGAAGCCUUUUUGAUGGGAUUAUUUGAUCUUGAAAAGCAUUUUGCUUUCUAUGGAGCAUAUCAUAGUAACCCAAUAAAUGUUUUGAUUCAUAUGGUUUUUGUUUGGCCAAUUGCUUUCUCUCUUUCCGUUCUUCUCUAUUUCACACCAUCAAUUUUCAAUUUUCUUCCUCAGAUACACUUUUCUUUACUUGGGAAUGAUUUUCACUUGAUUUUCAAUCUUGGGUUUUGUUUAACUUUGAUUUAUUGCUUAUUUUACAUCUCUUUUGAUAUCAAAGCUGGUUCUCUAGCUGCUCUUAUUAUUGUUGGUUGCUGGAUUGGUGGGAGUGCUGUUGCUGUCAAGCUUGGAUAUUCUCUAGCUUGGAAGGUAGUGUUGGCAUCUCAAAUUUUCUGUUGGGCAGCACAGUUCAUAGGCCAUGGAGUUUUUGAGAAACGAGCUCCUGCUUUGUUGGACAACCUUUCACAAGCCUUUUUAAUGGCUCCAUUCUUUGUUCUGCUUGAGGCUCUUCACAUGUGCUGUGGUUACGAACCAUAUCCUGGCUUCUAUACGAGUGUGCAGGUAAAAGUAGAUGCUGAAAAACAACAGUUGGAAGCCAAGAAGUUGAAAAAAGUUGCUUAAAUUAUAAACAGUUAUCGUCCUAGGUUGAACUGUAAUUUGUACUUGGUGGUGUGAUUGUGCGCUUGAAUAUGUAAAUGUAAUGCAAGUGCCAGAGCUACAUUUGUAAUAUUUAAAGGUUCAUUGAAAUGGUUCCAGUAUAGGCUAACUCAGAACAUUUAGCAUUUGUAUACAAAGAUAAUUCUUACCCAUGUUUUUCAUCUACUUAGUUUUGCAUACA